AUGCCUUUCACAGCCAUUUCACAUGAAACCCUCCUCAGGAGUCAGGAAUCCGCAGUCGAUAAACUUUUUCCCGGUUAUUGUCCGUCGCCAAACGAGGAGUGCUGUCCCACAUCGUCAAGAAAAGCUCAACAAGCCUUCUGUUCACUUGUACGCUGUUGCCUUACCCCAGUCGGAAUAUCUCGGCUCGCCUGCGCGAAGACAGUCACCCGGAGGAUGGUCAACCAGAACGCCGGUCUGCCCGAUCACUUCUCACUCGACAAAGUAAUCAGGCCCAACAUCCUCUCCUUGAAGCCAUAUCGCUGUGCAAGGGACGAUUACGAACGUGGAAUCUUGCUGGACGCUAACGAAAACUCACUAGGCUCUGCAUUAUCACCCACCGAGGAGUUUGAGCAACAAGCCCUACCAGCUCAACAACUCUCUCCUGAGCAUGGGGGUUUGAACAUCCACUCGCUUUCCUUACAUCGCUACCCAUCACCCAGCCAGAUACCAAUCAAACAGAACCUUUGUGACUAUCGGAACUCGAUCCAACCAGAUCUCCCUCCCUUGGAACCUGCCAACGUCUUCUUGGGGGUUGGGUCUGACGAGAUACUCGACUUAUUAUUCCGGAUUGCUUGCAAGCCCGGUGACUCAGAAGGAAUUGGAGACCAGGUUAUCGUGACCCCACCAACUUAUGGCAUGUACUCCGUUUGUGCCAAGGUUAACGAUGUAGGAAUGAUUAAUGUCCCUCUCAAUGUUGAAGGUGGUGCGUUCACGGUCGACUUGGAGCACCUUGAUAGCCAAUUGUCUCAGGGAUCAAGUUCCAGGCCGAUCAAAUUGGUCAUUCUAUGCUCGCCGGGAAACCCGACAGGGACAACAAUACCACUGGGCACGAUCGAAAAAAUCUUGUCAAAUCCAAAAUUUAACGGGAUCUUGGUCGUCGAUGAAGCGUACAUAGACUUUGCAGGGAACGAAAAAAGCGCGAUCAAACUAGUCAGACAAGGCUGGAGAAACCUGAUCGUCACUCACACUCUGAGUAAGGGGUUCGGCUUGGCUGGGAUUCGGCUGGGAAUUGCUUACGGAUCAGCGGAUCUAAUUCAGGUGCUGAAUAACACGAAAGCACCCUACACGAUCUCAUCGCCGACAUCUUCCCUAGGGUAUGAGGCGACCAAGCCGGAUCGACUGAAAGCGACUGAAGCUCACAUUAGCAAAAUUAACGAGAACCGCGACUGGCUGCAGAAAGAACUAGUCAAGAUCACGGGACUAGGAAAAAUCUUGGGACAGACGGAGGCCAAUUUCAUCUUGAUUCAAGUCAUGAGCUUUGACUCGCCCACAGAUGUCGAUAGUCAGCGGGCGAAAAGUGUCUACAAAUACAUGGCCGAGGAUUCUGAGCUUGGUCAGACUCCCAUCGUCGUCCGAUAUCGGGGAGACGAGCUGGGAUGUCAAGGAUGCCUCAGAAUUACCGUCGGUAGUCGGCUCGAGUGCCAAAAACUGCUUGAAAAACUUGCACAAACUCUUCAACUCAUUCAUUAAUUGUGACUCAACAACCCUUACCCUCAUGCUCCUUUUUGCAACUCUUGAGGCAUGAGUGAUAUCAUUGAUCCCUUCCCAAGGAUAUGUAAUGAGCAUCACUUGCAUUCUUCUGUCCUUGUGCUUUUCUUUUAGCUUUCUUGACUUGGAAACCAUUCUUUUGACUGGAGCGGAUGAUAAUCAAAGGUCAAGCCAUCCGAGUGUUCUGAAACCGAGAUUGAAAAAAUAGGAACUUCUUCCUACGUG